AUGCGUGGGAGAUGUGCUAAGAGCAGGUACCGAGUGAUUCACAAACUGGGCCAUGGGACCUUUUCUACUAUUUGGCUGUCACGAGACGAGCAAAAGGCAGCCUCCGUGACGGUCAAAGUAAGCACUGGAGAUUCCUCCGCUCAUGAAGCAAAGAUAUUGCGUAUGCUCAUGAAUCGCUGGCCGGCACAUACAAACGAGCCUCUCUUGUUUCCGUCCUACUCGGCCUGGACGAAUUCGAAAUUGAGGGCCCGAAUGGGCUGCAUUGUCACAGCACCCGCUCAGAGCAGUGUAUCUGCAGCAUCAUUCUGUUGCUACUUCCAAAAAGAAACGGCUCGUGUUGUAGCUGCCGAACUUGCUCUUGCUGUUGCAUUUGUUCAUGCUCAAGACUAUGUUCAUGGAGAUAUUCAUCCUGGAAACAUCCUGAUACACCUACCUACUAGCCUUGACAAGCUCUCAGUCCAGGAAUUCUAUGAGCAGUUCGGUGAGCCAUAUACGGAACCAGUUGUGAGACUGGACGGACAGCCUCCCCCUCCUGGCGUCCCUAAGUGUGGGACAAUGCCGGUCUGGUUAGGAAAACGAGCAUUCGAAAUUCCGCCGGAUGAGGCCCAGCUCCUUCUUAGGGACUUUGGCGAGAGCUUCUCCCCUUCCGACACUGAGCAGCGGCGCCGUGGGCAGGACUGUCCCUCGCCGCUUCCAGUCAUACCGCCUGAAGCCUACUUUGAACCGGACAGCCCUCUUUCAUUUCCCUCGGACAUCUGGAGUCUUGCAUGUGCUAUGUAUUCCAUAUUUGGCCUGCGGUGGCUGUUUGAUGCAACACUCGCCACUCGACAUGACAUAGCCUCUCAACAAAUAGAUGUCAUUGGAGAAAUUCCGCCUGAAUGGUGGAAUACAUGGGAGAAACGCCAUGAGUAUUUUGAAGAGAUCGGAAGGUCUAAGAAAGAUCGGUUUGUUUAUCCAUCUCUUGAGCAGAGUUUCGAGAAGGACGUACAGGCCGCACGACAGAGGGACAAUAUGUCCUCGUUCGCCAAAAAGGAGCAGGUAGCCAUUCUAAGCAUGCUUCGCUCAAUGCUGGCAAUGAAACCUGAGAAGCGAGCAACAGCGACGGAUGUCCUGAGCUCAGUCUGGAUGGUGACUUGGGGAUUACCAGCUGUGAAGAGGGCGCGUGAUAACCGGAAAACAGGAGGUGUAUGGCAUGGCCAAAAGGUUGAUGCAAGGUCCUUGAUUUAA